UGGGCCACUAGUGUGGCACAGCCUGUUAAGGGCCCGUACGCCCCAUCCUAUGGCCCUCCCCACUCCAUUGCCGCCGCCGCCGCUCCCCUCGGCCUAGCUCGACGGUGGUCGGUGGCCCCUCCUCCUCCCACCCCGGCCUCCCUUUCACCGCCAGGCGCCGGCGUCACAGCCGCAGGCACCCGCGCGGCCCAUCGCGUUCCCUUCUCUCAGUCUAUCUCUCCUCUCUUGGUCUUCCUUGGCGGCGCUAUUCGGUCUUCGCAGGUCGCUUUGCCGGCGACGAGCACCCACCAGUAUCAGGUGAAGGAACCGAGAACUGACUGAACAAGUUAAGAUGAGUUGCCAGAAGUUGAGCCGUCAGUAUCUGCAUAUGGUGUCAAGUGCCGGGCGUGGCUUGUAUGCUCUGAGCCACCUGGACGUUUCGAGGUUGUUCUACACAUCAAAGGAAGAAGCCAGAGCAGCACAUACACAAGACAAGAAGAAUGGCAGCAAUAUGCUAGGAGGGAUCGGGAGCACUGGGAGGUUGCCGGAGCCUAGUGUCCACUAUGAACCAUUCACUAUGGCUAUAUCUUAUCCUGACAGAUCGAGGGAUGUCUUCGCACUCUUCGGCAAGAGCAACAUCUUCUACUCUGACUCGGUUGGCCACAGCAGCAUCUACUACACUGAGUCACAAUGCUUUGUGGGCUUGCCGAGCUUGAACUCGCCAAAGGGACCCAAACGAAUCGCUGUCAGCAUCCCACGCACUGAAGCCCACGCCAGGUCAGACUUUGAGGUCGACCCUGAUUUUGAUUCUGAUCUCUUCACUAAUAAACGCCAAGGCAACCACAUGAACAGCCUCUAUGUCAUGGACAUGGACCCUUACAACAAAUGCAGCUUCGAGGUGCUCACCUACUACCCUCUCAGUCGCUGGCAUUGGCGCCAGCUCCCACGACCGGCAUUCUUUGGCGACACUAAGUACAGGGCCCGUGACAAUGUGCCAUUUGCGGUGGUUGAUGGCACUGAAAUCUGUAUGUCAUUUGAAACUGCCACCUACUACUUUGACACAGUGGAAUUUGAAUGGAGCAAAGCAGGUGAUUGGGUGCUGCCCUUCGGUGCCAAAGCUGAGUACAUCCCUGAGUUUGGCCUGUGGCUUGGCUUUUCUGCUCACAAACCCUACAACCUCUGUUCCGUGAAUCUCUCCGGUGUCACCAUAGGCUCUUGUGACACACAGCCGCUGGCACAGUAUGUUGGGCAACAUGUUGACUUGCCAGGGGACUGCUCGCUGAAAAAUCUAUCUCUGGUGAACAUUGGCUCAGGUAGGUUUUGCAUUGCCAAGUUCUUCAAUCGUAUCCAUGACAGACAACCGUCAGGUGGUGGUCUUGACUGGUGUGGAGCUGCACACUGAUGACGGUAAAGGGGAAGGGGCGCUCAACAUCAUAGAGCACAAGUCUGAAUGUCUUGCUUCAGAUUCCAUCGUUUGCGUGCUUUAAACUGGCUGGCCGGGUGCUGGUCAUUAUCUUUUCCUUUUUCGAUCAUCUCUGGAGAAGUAGGUUCUGAGAUACUAGUAACUGUGGCCAAUUUAAUUAGAGAUGAUUUGCGUUUACUGGAGGCUGGCUAGUUGACCUCCUUUGCUUGUUUCUGUUUCUUUUUCUUUUCUGAUUUUCCCAGGAACUCUUGUUCCUUUGUACAGAACUUCCCCCUGCUUAAAUGAAAUGACAGAGCGCCUGUCUGGUUCGUCAAAAAGAUACUAGUAACUAGGUUGCUUAAUACUGCACUACUUUUAUGUAUUA